AUGGCUUCCGCCGUCGCGGCUCCGCGCCGCAAGACGAACAUCUACAACCGCCUCGUCACUGUUGCCGUCGCUUUCGGCUCUCUGACGUAUGGCUACUCAUCCUCGAUCAUUGGCUCCACCAUUGGCCAGCCCGGCUGGUACGAGUUCUUCCAUCUGCCCAUGCAGGGCGAAGAGGGCUAUGCCACCACUACAACGCACGCCAUUGCGACAGCCAACGGCCUCUACAGUGCGGGCGGCGCCAUCGGCUCGCUCUUUGUCAUGUGGGCCGCUACGGCGCUCGGCCGCAAGCGCUGCAUUCAGAUGGGCGCGGCCUGGGCCCUCUUGGGCGGUGCACUGCAGGGCGGCGCCGCCAAUCUGGCCAUGUUCCAGGUCGGCCGCGUGUUCUGCGGCAUCGGCAUCGGCCUUCUGGUCACGGUGUGUCCCAUGUACAUGAGCGAGCUGGCGCCGCCGGACCGGCGCGGCUGGCUGGUCGGCCACCACGCCAUCUUCCUGGUGUUUGGCUACAUGCUGAGCGCGUGGCUGGGCUAUGCCUGCUACUUCGCGACGGACGUCAACGCGUCGUUUGCCUGGCGGUUCCCGCUGUCGAUGCAGUGCUUUGCGCCCCUGGUGCUUCUGGUCACGUCCUUUUGGAUCCCCUACUCGCCGCGCUGGCUGCUGCAAAAGGGCCGCGUCGAGGAGGCCUGGGACGUGCUGCGCACGCUGCGCGCGUCGCCCGCGGACCCGGACCACCUCGUGGCCAAGGAGGAGCUGUACCAGGCCAAGAUGCAGAUCGCCCUGGAUGCCGCUAAGCUCAAGGCCACGGGUUACGGCCCCUGGAUGGCCGUCAUCAAGAAAAAAAGCUACCGCAAGCGCAUGCUGAUGGGCUUCUUGACGCAGUGGGGCGCUGAAUUUGCCGGCCCGCUCGUCAUCAACAACUACGCCGUGCUGCUCUACACGAACCUGGGCCAGACCGGGUCCAUGCCCCUUCUCCUGUCGGCGCUGUGGCUGACGACGGCCGGCGUCCUCUACAACCCCGGCGGCGCCUGGCUGCACGACAAGGUCAACUCGCGCCGCGGCAUGUUCAUGUUUGGCCUGUUCGGGUGCCUGAUCACCACCGUGGGUCUGGCGGCCUGCAUCGCCAAGUACGCCGGCACCGACAAUAAGGCUGGCAACGGCGCCGGCGUCUUCUUUGUCUUCUUCUACCUCACCUUCCAGGGGACGUUCUGCGACACCACAAUGUACUUGUGGGUCAGUGAGAUUUUUGGAACAGACAUCAGACCCAUUGGCAUGGGGUUUUCGCUGUUUGGCCAGUUCGCCGCGACGCUGAUCCUACUUCAGACGGCACCCAUUGGUUUCGUCAACGUGGGCUGGAAGUACUACCUCGUCAUCAUCCUCUGGUGUGUGGUCUUCAUUCCCAUCGUGUACUUUUUCUUCCCUGAGACGGCGCGUUUGUCCCUGGAAGAGAUUGGAGAGAAGUUUGGCGACGACGUGGCUGUACACGUCAGUGAUAUUUCCGAAUCACAGCGCAAGGAGCUGGACGACUUCCUUCAGCAGACGGACGUCGUGCACCUGGACGGCUCUGAGAAGGUCGCGCCGGCUGCACAGCAACGGGAGGUGGCAUAA